UUCUUCCCAGCCACAAGUCGCUGACAUCUCAACAAGGAACCAUCCACCAAGUGCUCUCUGAGAACUUCAUCUUCCAACAUGAUGCAAAUCAAGUACUUGUUCGCCCUCUUCGCUGUCCUGAUGCUGGUGGUCCUGGGAGCCAACCAGGCCGAAGCCGACUGCCUUUCCGGAAAGUACAAGGGUCCUUGCGCCGUCUGGGACAAUGAGACUUGCAGGCGAGUUUGCAAGGAGGAAGGACGCGUCAGUGGACACUGCAGCCCCAGUCUGAAGUGCUGGUGCGAAGGAUGUUGAGACGCCAAUUCCUGAAAAUUCUAUAUACUUUAUAAUCUGAAAAGCGCUACAAAUGACUAAUAUCCAAUAAAAAAUAAUGUACAUUAUAAA